CUAUGCUCCUCACAGAACGGAGGAAGCUUUCUUCAGGAAGAAGAAGAAGCAGUUUCAGAAGAAGAAAAAAGAAGUCUUUGAACAUUUGAUGGCGAUACGGUUCUCUCCAAAGCUUCUCCGAAACCUCCCCUGUUUCAUCCGAUCCUUGAAUUCCUCUUCAUCUUCUUUCUCUGCCGCCACCAUCUCUCCAAUAACAGAGGAAGAGGUGGUUCUGAAAGAACCAGGAUUUUCAUCUUCUUCAUCAACAAAUUCUUCAAGUCUGAACUUAGACGAUGUGGAGAGGUUGUUCUCCUCUGUCUCAACAGCUCAGUUGCUAAGAUCAUCGUUGAACCUUCACAUGGUAGCUUUUGAUCCGAUGAUGGAUUUAGGGACUUGGGUUAUGAAGUCAAAACUGGUGGAGACUCCGAUCUCUAGAGAAAUCAUUUUGAAGGUUGUGAAACACACUUUUUAUGAGCAUUUCUGUGCAGGGGAGAACGUGGAAGAGGCUAGUCGGACGUUGCAGAAGCUUUGGAAUAAUGGGUUGCGUGGGAUUUUAGAUUAUGGGUUGGAAGAUGCUGUUGAUAAUGAAUCUUGUGAUCGGAAUUUGCAGGAGUUUCUUAACACAGUUGACUCCACCAAGUUGCUUCCACCUUCCUCUGUUAGCUUUGCAUGUGUAAAAAUCACUGCAAUCUGCCCAAUUAAGCUGCUUGAAAGAGUAAGUGACUUACUGAGAUGGGAACUGAAAGACCCAUCUCUUCAUCUUCCAUGGAAGACUGAGACAUUGCCAAUGUUAUGUGAAUCUAGCCCUCUGUACCACACCCUUAAGAGACCAGACCCAUUAACAGCAGAAGAGGAGCAAGAUCUUCAAUUAGCACAACAAAGACUAAGGAGUCUCUCCCAGAGAUGCCUUGAAAUCAAUCUUCCAUUACUCGUCGACGCAGAAUACACGUCGGUGCAACCUGCGAUCGACUAUUUUACAUACUCCGCCGCAAUGGAAUUCAACAAAGAUGAAAACCCAAUUGUUUUUGGGACAAUUCAAGCUUAUCUGAAAGAUGCAAAAGAGAGGUUAGUUCAAGCAAUGGAAGCUGCAGAGAAAAUGGGGAUCUCAAUGGGUUUCAAAUUGGUGAGAGGAGCUUAUAUUUCUAGUGAGAGACACAUAGCUUCCUCACUAGGCUUUGCUUCUCCUAUCCAUGAGAGUAUCCAGGAGACACAUGCAUGUUACAAUGACUGCUCUUCGUUCAUGCUUGAGAUGGUUGCUAGGGGCUCUGGAGCUGUUAUGCUUGCUACCCAUAACCUUGAAUCAGGGAGGGUGGCAGCAUUAAAGGCACAAUCCUUGGGUAUUGGAAAGGAAAACCAAAGGUUGCAGUUUGCUCAGCUGAAGGGAAUGGCAGAAAGUCUUUCCUUGGGGUUAAGAAAAGCAGGGUUUCUAGUAAGCAAGUACAUAGCAUUUGGUCCCGUAGAGAAAAUCAUUCCUUUCCUCCUUAGGAGAGCUGAAGAGAACAGAGGUCUUUUGUCUUCUUCAAAUUUAGACAGGCAGUUGAUGAGCAAGGAGUUGAAGAGGAGACUAAAAGUGGCAAUCCUGGGAAGGGAAAUGGACUAAGAUGAUGACUUGUAAGCCAUGAAGAUCUCCAUCUGUCUAUAUACAUAUGGGAGAAGGUUCCCUAAAAUGUUAGCAUGCCGAUGCACUGGCCCGUGCAUGAUGAGAUCUUCGUUUUUCAGAAGGAGUGGGCGGUCAUUUGACCCCCACUACAUAUAAAUGUAUUUUCUUAAGGUGUCAAAUAAUUUAUAAUUUUACUGUUUCCUCUCAUAGUUCAACAUAUUUUUUUCUUUCAGUGAGGGUAAGCAUCUUGUAAUUUCAAAUAUGUACUUGAAAACAUGUGAGGCAAAUGACACUCACAAAUGAUAGCUAUUGAUAAUGACAAUGGUAAAUCAGUUUCAAAUUAUUUUGAAACUUUUCUUUA